AUGAUGAUUAUAGGAUUAUUGGGCGCAAUCGCUAGUGGUGCAUCAUAUCCAUUGAUCCUUCUCAUUUAUCAAAGCGUAGUUGAUUCGUUUGUUGCUAUCGGUCGAAAUCAAACGGGCUUUGAACCAACAGGAAAUGUCGGAUUAGGCUGUCGUAACAAAACAUCAUCAUCAAACGAUGCUAAUCUGUCACCUUACGACAAUAUAAUAUCGACUAUUAAAUGGUAUGCGAUAUUGGGCAUCUGUUGUUUUGUUCUUUUAUACAUUGCUUUUAACUGUUGGAUUAUAACAGCUGAACGUCAAGUUCGAAAAAUGAGAUAUGCAUUAAUGACAAACAUUAUGCGACAAGAUAUUGGUUGGUUUGAUCGUCGAUUGCCAAGCGAUCUUUCUGUUGGUCUACUCGUGGAUGCGCUUGAUAAUAUACGUGAUGGUAUUGGUUACCAAGUGGCGGAUUGUACGGCGCUUCUUGCUCGUAUCUUCGGUUGCUUAGCAUAUUCAAUAUCAGUUGGUUGGAAACUUUCCUUGGUUUUCUUAAGUAUUUCUCCACUGAUUAUUAUCACAUUUAAUGUUACAGUUGGUGUUAUGAAAAAGUUUACAAUCAUCGAAGGCAAUGCUUAUACAAAAGCCAAUGCAAUUGUCGACGAAGUCUUCUCAGCUAUUCGUACGGUAACUGCUUUUGGAGGUCAAAAACAUGAACGUGCUAGAUACGAGCAAAGUUUAACAGAUGCCAAGAACGCCGGCUUAAAAAAAGGUCUUUUUCUUGGUAUCAGCCAAGCAUUUGUCAACAUCACUUUGUAUGGUGCAAUUGCUCUUAUCUUUUGGUAUGGGCCAUAUUUAGCCCGCGUUGAAUGUUGGAACUAUGAUGCCGGUGUUGUCAUCAUUAUAUCGCCAAUCGAUUAUACCAAUUCUAUGGGAUUUCAACCACCAGUGGUUCGAGGUGACAUUGAAUUUCGUAAUGUCACAUUUAAUUAUCCGUCAAGAAAAGAAAAACAACCAAUUCUCAAUAAUUUGAGCUUACGUUUUGCUGCGGGAAAAACAACGGCAAUUGUCGGUGAAACUGGUUGUGGCAAAAGCACAGUUAUUCAACUAAUACAACGCUUUUAUGAUUCUGAACAGGGACAAAUUCUACUUGAUAAUGUUGAUAUUCGUCAUGUAAAUCUACACUGGCUUCGAUCAAAGAUAUCUGUUGUUUCUCAAGAACCUGUUCUUUUUACUGAUACAGUUGCUGAAAAUAUUCGAUUUGGUAAUAUGUCAGCCACUAGUGAAGAAAUUCGAGCUGCUGCACGAAUAGCCAAUAUUCACAACUUUAUCGAAGAUUUACCAGAAGGUUAUAAUACACUAGUACAAGGAUCACGCUUGGCAGGUGGACAAAAACAAAGAAUUGCUAUUGCACGAGCAGUAUUAUCGAACCCAAAAAUAUUACUUUUGGAUGAAGCAACUUCUGCAUUAGGUAUUGAAACAUGUUAUUGUAUUGAAGAUGAAACGAAUAUUUCAGUAAAACACUAUGUUGUUCAAAUAAAUGCAAAGAAUGAACGUGAGGUACAAAUUGCCCUUGAACAAGCUUCUAAAGGUCGAACAACAAUUGUCGUUGCUCAUCGGUUAACAACAAUCCGUCAUGCAGAUAUUAUUAUCGGUCUCAAAGCAGGUCAAAUCGAGGAGCAAGGAACUCAUGCUGAAUUAAUGAAACGAGGUGGUCAAUAUGCACAAUCAUUCAAACUUCAACGAAUAAUGGAUCCUCAUGACGAAGAUGCCGAAGACGAAAAUAAUGACAAACAUGAACCUGGUAUGUUACAUAACAGAAUUUGA